AUGGCCUCGAGGGCAAAUCUACAGGUCCCAGUCAGACCGAUCUUCCCACUUUCAUCCCCCAUGGGCGAAGAGAUCUCGAGUCCAUACUCAUCAGCAGGGGAGGACCUGGAGCGGGAGAGACCGUUUGACUAUCUCUCCAGGGCCUUGAACCGAGGCAGCCACAAUAAAGACGUCUCGAGAAUUAGUGUUGCCGGCAUCAAAAAGAUCAAGAAAGAAAGAAAUUCCCGACCACUCGGGCUCAACCUCAUCACCGACAUGCCACUUCCCACAUCACGGAAGGUGGAGAACGACAACGCAGCUCCCUUUGUCGACUUGAACGAUCUAAUGAUGCUAUCCAAAGCCCGUGAGAAGGAACGCGUAAAACGAAAGUCUACACAACAAUCACCAAAUUUCAAAUCAAGAAGACAUGCAAUUCAGAAACCGCCCGAUGAGAUGAUCGAGUCUCAGAAUGACCUAUAUGCAAACCUAGCACUACCAGGCAAACUAUUCAGUGAUCGGUAUGAUUCAGGGCUUUCGUCAUCCGAUCGCCAGGUCAUGAUCGGCCUGACAGUUCCGGUCGAGGAACAGAAACAGCAAUCAACACUAGGUACACCCCGCACACCUUCCAUCAUCGUCACACCCGCUCACGACGAUGGAUUCUGGCCAUCCAGCCCGGAAGAUACGCGGCAUCAAGAAGGAUCAAGUGUCUACUCCCAAGCCACGCCGCGAAUUUGGAAAAAAGACUCUAACACUCCACCGAUUCCGAGAAUCCCAGAGCAGCACAGCACAAAACUAACCGACGCCAAGCUCAUCGACUCCCGCGCCAGUCUCAGGAGCAGGAAACUCAGCUCCCUGUCUGACGGGCCUAGCUAUGAGAUCUCGCGUGGAGAUGUGCGCCGCGCAAUCAUGGGUGACAAUGGUCAAAGCCCACUGAACGACCGGCUGAGCGUCAUGACGGGUGAAAAUAGACCCGCUUCACAGGGUUGGUGGAACGAACUACUCUCACCUUAUCUGAAGACGUCACCUGCUACGCCUCAAUCUGGAUGGGGCGGUUCGACACUUGGACCUUCAGACGAUGUAUCCCAGGAUUCAUGGGAGAGGGAUGAGGUAUCAGUUUUUUCACCAGAUUCGCCUCUCGAUGAGAAAGCUCGUUCGCUCAUCUUGCACAACGAGCCCUCAACGCCAUCAGAUGAGGUGGUAGAGGACUAUAAGACUAGUCCCCACGAGUCCACGGCACCCGACAAGUCCACAGCACUCAACAGACGAAAGCGAGCCGGUGUCAUAUCACCGAUAUCCCAAACAGACAUUAUAACGGGGCUGGAUUCAACGCUGGGAGAAACUGAAGAACACGAUUUCGACCAUGAGAUCAUUUCCAUGUCCAACUCGCCUCGAGCUGUCUACAUUGGUAAUACAAUGGCGGCUGUGUCAGCAGAUGUAAUGCAUGAACCCGAUGUCGAAGCCAAGGAGGAGACUGUAGAACGAUCAGCUUCUCGUACAUCUAGCACCCAUAAUGCCAAAGUGCAGGCCUUGUCUAAUACUCCCCCUUCAGGCGCUGCUGUGGACAAGGGCAAACUAUUUGUCGAGUCACCUGCAGACCGAUCACCGCAUCUCAAAACAGAGAGAGUCAUCGAAAAGGUCUACGCCGAACCAAUCCAAAACAACUACGUGACCUACGUACCACCACAGCCAGCCCCAGCUCCACUGAUAGUGGAGAAAGCAGUCCCGCCCCUCGUGCCCGUCUACUCACCCGGAUACCAACCUGCCGUCGUGAGAGAGGUCCAUUCUCCUCCAGCCGCCUACACGCGACAUGGUCGGUACGAGAACAAAAUUAUGGAAAACGAGGAUUAUUACGAGAUACAUGCAGACAGAUAUAUAAGAUUACACCACCCACGCCGAUCAUCGAUAGAGAUACGCGAAAAAGUCCUCCACGGCGACUCGUACGAUCUCCCAACUCAAGGACGCGGUCUCGCCCGCUCAGCAAGUACUGAUAAAAUCGGGCGCGAGCGAAUGCUGCGAGAAGAUUACUACGACCAACCGCACAAUCAACGACGCAUGUUCGCUCAGCGCCGAAGUAUAGAGUCAAUGGAGAUUCCAGAACGAGACUACUACAUGCUUCCCGAGCAUGAACGCAAACUUGAACGUGAACGCGAGCUCAAAUUCGUCGGAGGCAGAGACAGAGUCAGAGGGUUGAAUGAGGACUAUUACAACUUGAGUGCUGAAGAGCGACUGGAGCGCGAAGAAGCAUUCGAUUCCGAACGGAUCGAGCGUAUCCACGCACGACCCGAUGACCAUCGCUACUCUGAGGAGGAGUUUGUGUCACGGCCCGUUCCUGCAAUGAAGAAGGUCAUGUCGUGGAAAGACAAGAUCCUGGGCCGUACGCUGCGCUCAGAGCCUCGCGUCAUCCGGCACGACCACGUCAUAGCUGAUGAAAGUCCUCGAGGAGUCGAACUCGGACUUGAAGAGCGGCGGAUCAUCAAAGACGGUCGGAUAUAUGCUGGAAGUCCUCGACUAGACGACCAAAAUAUCAUCGAGAAAGAUCGCUACUACAAUCGUAGUUCGUUCGACGAGCGCCGGAUCAUUGAAAAAGACAGUUAUCUAGCCGGUAGUCCUUUGGACGAACGAGUUCGUGUCAUCAAAGAAGAUCAGUACUACAACCGGGGUCCUCGAAUCGGCCUUGGACUCGACAUGCGUGAGCGGCAUCUCCGUGACAUCCAUGACGAAGAGGAUUACCGACUCGCUGCAAUCAACGAAGAUCGAUGGAUCGAUCGCAAGUAUGCGAAGUCCGACAAUCAAUUCCUCCAUAAGGCAAUCAAGGAUGAUGAGCAGAAUAGUUUGAUUGAGAUCGGCGAAGAGCGACGACUUGGCCAAGAAUUUGCGAAAGCUGAUGAGCGCUAUCUUCGCAGGGAUCUGGAAGGCAAUAUCACAUAUCACAAGGGCGAGCUUGCUGAGGGGAAAUGGAUAGGUCGAAAGUGUGCAAAGGCUGAUGAGCAGUAUCUUCGGAAAGAGGAGAAAGACGAUAUCAGAUAUCGCAACGUCGAGCUCGCUGAGGAGAAGUGGCUUGCUCGUGAGCAUGCCAAGGCUGACGAUAAAUACCUUCGGAGAGAGGAGAAAGACGAAAUCUUGUAUCGCAAGGAUGAACUUGCCGAAGAAAAAUGGCUUGGCCGUGAGUACUUGCAAGCUGACGAACUUUAUCUCAAAGAUGGUGAGAAGUUUCGCAUCGCCGAAGCUAAAGAGGACAAGCGACUGGCCCACGACGAGGCCGAAAUAGAUGAGAAGGCCCUCGGGGACGAUAUUAAAGAAAAUGAGAAGCUUCGCAUUCUUCAGAUGAAAGACCUCCAGCGCAUUCACCAACAAGCAAGCAAAAAUGACGAGAAAUCCCGAAAGAAGGCACUCAAGGAAGAAGAGAAACUUCGUCUUCUCCAACUCAAGGAAAGAGAGCGCAUUCGUCUCAAGGAACUCAAAGAGGAGAAGCGCGCUCGCCGAAAGAUGAUCAAAGAAGAAGAGACCCUUCGUCUCCUCCAAAUGAAAGAGAACGAACGACUCGGUUUCCAGCAGGCUCGGUAUGAUGUUUCCCGCGGUAGUCCUCGCGACAAAUACGACGAGAAGUUCCGCCUGAUUCAGAUGAAGGAGCAUGAGCAUCUGCGUCUGCAGAACAUCAAGCACGCAAAGAAAGCUCACUACGAGCAUUUCAAAGACGAGGAGCAUUACCGUCUGGUCCGCGGCGAAGAGCACCAGCAAAUUGGUACCAGAGAAGAACAUAUCCGGAUGGAAAAUAGCCCACACAUUGAUGAACGCAAAUAUGAGGCUGAUCAUCACUACCGCAUGAAAAAGGGAGCCGAACAUGUUGGUGAAUACGCGCUGAAGCGCGGUGCUGAGCACCUCGUCAAGGAGGGGGUCAAGGAGGGUGCUCGUGAUUAUAUGCACAGCAAUGAAUCCAGCAGGAGUACUCCAAAUGGUAGAUAUAUCCCCGGUAGUAUUCUGAGAUCCGGAUCAAAGGGGCUACAUCGAUCGGAAUCUCGUCUUCGCUCAGGAGAAGGCCUCCUUCGAUCAGGGUCAGAUAGCUUCCAUGGGGAUGGCAUGCCACAAGAACACAUGAUGGAGAAGGGCGGUAGAAGGAUUGGGGAGAAGGUGUUCAAGGAAGGUGGUAAACACCUUUUCGUAAAAAGUGGUAAAAACCUUAUCAACGACUUUGUUUCGCCGGUUCCUCCUAGAGCCGGUAGCCCGUUUGGAGCUGCUGCUAGCGGUCAUAUACAGCAACGUGAAUUCGGCAGCAGCAAAGGGAAAGGCUUGAAGGGUCAGGUUCUGUCGAAUGAGAGUCCCGGGAGCUACGGCAGUGGAUAUCUCGCAAGCAAAGAGCAUGACUGGCGAGAUCGAUCUCGCGGCAUGAACAUGAACAAUGGACCAUCACCGGGUGGCAGCCAACGCAAAGGGUAUUUCCUCAUCCUCACUUUCUUUUUUGCGAUUCUUAUUUCCGCCAUUACAGCGGCUAUCCUGCUAUCAAAACAGCGUGGCAAGAUCUCUGUUCAAUCUCAAUGGCUAAAUCUGACUGGAUAUCCACCCAUUGUCACAGGCAUCUCAACAAUAGCCGGCGCUGAAACGCACAGCUCCGAUUCGUCUUGCAGUGGCCCCUCGUCCCUCUGGAGCUGUGCUCUUCCAAAGGACGAUCAAGCCUCGAACGAACCGUACAGCGCCGACGAGCCCACUUUCCAAGUCGAGAUCCUGUUUCGCAACGGCACAACAUCCACAAACUCCACGCAGGUCCAGGACCGAAGCGACUGGGCCUCGGACCCAUCCCCUCCAAGCAAUGCUGACCAAAAGUUCCUUGGAAAUACCACGGAUGGAAACAGCCUGCCCUACAACGGCGAACAAACUCCUUUCUACAUCUCCGUUCUAUCACCGGCUCAUCUCUCAUCUAUCAGCACUCUCAGCCGUCGCAGUACAUCCACAAACCUGUCAUCCAUCAUUCCUUCCCCAGACGAAGACACCGACGGUUCAGCCGCCGCAGCACUCCUCUACCCGCUCCCGACACUACAACCGCUCAACCUGUACAACAGAGGCAAGUCAAAUGAGCACUACGGCUUCUACACAUACUAUGAUAAAUCAGUAUUCCUUCAAUCAACGGCUUCGUUGGACGGCAGCACACUAGACACAAACACAAACGAUACAAACGGUGGAUCCAGCAAAGCCACAGCAAACGUCCGCUGUACCUGGUCUCAGACCCGAUUCCUAGUGCAGAUGUGGACCAAGCCGGGUAAAAUUGGCUUCACGCUCCUUUCCUCAAACAGCAGCACCACAAACACAACCUCAUCAUCAUCUGCGUCAAACUAUACCCGUCCCGGCUCAUUCCCCUAUCCGGUAACAAUAACGAUCGACCGCCAUGGCGGAAAUGAAGACAAGAAAUUCAUCUACUGCUACGAAGUAGAGUCAGAUGGGCACUACAAUACCUCCAACGCCAAACUCCUACCUGAGAACCGCGGUAUAGGUGGCACAUUAAUCAAUCCCGUCUCCACUUCUACAAAUGAGUCGACGGCGAUGUGGGGUGGUGUUGAUGGCGGGACUGGGGGGUGUGGGUGUGAGUGGGUGAAUUGGAUUUCUACUUCAUAG